AUGUGUUUGACGAGUGAAUGUGUGAGAGUCGCGGCAACCAUUCUGGAGCGGAUGGACACAAGUGUUGAUCCGUGCAAUGAUUUCUAUAUGUAUUCGUGCGGAAACUUUAUCCGUAAUAAUCCGGUGCCGGACGACCACUACCUCAAGAAUUUGUUGCAAGAAAUACAAGACGAGGUUUACUUUGAAAUGAAAAACUAUUUGGAAACACAACUCAAUGAUAGCGACGGAAAAGCAUUACUUUAUGGUUCAACAGUUCUCGAAUCCAGUUAUUUAUCAAAUUUUGAUCCAAAUUCUGACUUUACAGACGAGAUCAACGCCUAUAUUGACUUACAGUUAGAAAUAGCCGUAAUAUUCUCCAAAUUUAAAGGACUUGAAGAAUCAGAUUUAGAUUUACAGUCACUUAGACGAGGAAUCAUCGAAAUGGUCAGCUUAGAGACACAUCUUUCAAAAUUUCGCAGAUUGUAUUCGGAAUUUCGAUCUAAAGUUCCGGAUAUGUCAGUAGAAUCGGGAGAUUCAAGCGCUUCGUCCAGAAUAUUCUUAUCGCGUUGGAAGGAAUGCGUUCAUGUGGUCAGUGAGGGCCUCGACGUACCCGCCAUUUCUCUCUAUCUCCAACACAAACGCAAAGCUUUGGAUUUAAUCACAAACAAAAUUAAUGAUUUAAUUAAACAAACGAAAGUUGCGUUUAAUAUAAUAAUAGAUUCUCAGCAAUGGUUAGACUCAACGAUGAAAGAUAAUUUCAAAAGUCGUGUCAAUUCUAUUGAGAGCAAAAUAGGAGUUCCUAAAGUUUUCACCAAUCAAUCAGAAGUGGAUCUACUCUACGAUACACUAGAUCUUGAUUAUGAGGAUAUAUUGGUAACAAAUAUAUUCAAAAUGGCCAGACAUCAGGUGAUACUUGAACUCAAAAAGUUAAACCGUUUGGUCGAUCCCGAAGAGGAGUGGAUUUUUCAGCCAUUGAUAGCAAACGCUUAUUACGAUCCCAUCACUAACAAUAUCAUUAUGCCGCCCGGAAUAUUACGAUUCCCUUUGAUUAGCUUUGAAAGACCCGGAUAUCUAGAUUUUGCAACAUUAGGUAUUGUGAUCGGACACGAAAUCUCGCAUUCAAUGGGCACUGACUCCAGAAAGUUCAUGCAAUACACAAAUGGCAGCAAUUGGUGGACAACUGAUGUCAACAGUCUAUAUAAAGAAAAGGCUAAAUGCUUUGCACAACAAUACUCUCAAUAUUUAAUUGAAUCAACCGAUGAAUAUCUUAACGGAAAUCAUACUCUCGAAGAAAAUAUCUGUGAUUUUGCAGGUCUUCAACAGUCAUACACGGCUUAUAAGCUUAACAAAGAUAAUAAGUUUGAACAGUUGCCGGGACUUACAAACUAUACUUCAGAUCAACUAUUUUUUAUACAAUACGCGCAGAUUUGGUGUGAAGUAGUGAGCAAUGAGGGCCACCGCAGAAGUCUUCUCGACGAUCACAGCCCCGGAAGGUAUCGCGCAAAUGGAGUUUUAGUGAAUACGGAACAGUUCUCCAACGCUUUCAUGUGUCCGAUGGACUCAGCUAUGAAUCCAAGAGAGAAGUGCAGUGUUUGGCACUCAAACUAUGUCUGAUUCUUGUGAAUACUGAGCCCAGUCUUCCCUCAUUUGCCCAAUCAAUCUGACCAUAGAUUGAGUACAAAAUCAGAG